AUGAUCACACCUACCUUCACGAUCGAACAGGAGGAUGAUUAUCUCAUCAUAACCAUUCGCGCACCGUUUGCAAAAAUCAAGGAAACAGAAAUUGAGUACUCGGAAGACUUAUUUGUGUUUGCUUCCCAACCUUACUUCCUUAGAAUCCAUCUACCGCGACAUGUCAUUUACAACGAGACUGGAACGGCCAAGUAUGAUGCUGAUUCUGGCACUUUCACCGUACAAGUUCCAAAAUUGAAUAAAGGGGAACACUUCCCAGAUCUCAAUAUGAUCACGCAAUUGUUACGCCCACAAGAGACGAAAGUCUCUGCAAAGAGGCUAGUUGAAGAAAUCGGAAGUGAUGAAGAAGUCAUUGAUGAAGAAGAUGAAUACUAUUUGGAACAAAACCCUGAGGAAAUUUCCACAAAAUUGGCAGAAGAGCAAUCUAAUCCAUGUGGAUAUGGCUUUGCAUGGAGACGCACAGAAGUUUUAGAGAAACUAAAAGAGUCGAUUGGUAAUUUACUUGAUGGUGAACCUGAAUUCGUGCCGUUCAUUCAAAGAUCUAGUAGAUUGUAUGAAUAUGACAGAGAGCAUUUCGAGGCUGGGCAUUAUUUAGCUGAUACUUUCGAACCAUCUGAAGAGUUGACUGAAAUAAUUUCAUCGAAAUUCGCAGCAGACUUAAGCUUGAAUGAUAAAGAUCUUGAGCGUCUGAAAGAUUUGCCAAAAAGAAAAUUGCCUAAAAUAAAUGCUAAUGAGCAAAAUGCUGUUUUGCGGAGUCUGAUAGAUAUUGCUUUUGCUUGGUCAUAUGAUCAGAGAAUCAAUGACUGGGAAGAGUCUUGCGAGUCCGGAUGGACCAUUAGCAAACUUGCUCCAUCUCUUUCCUAUUUGAUGUAUUGGCAUAACUCGAAAGAGGCUGUUAUUGGAUCUAUUAGACGUUCUUUAUGUUAUCCAUUAUACAGGAAUUUCGAUCUUUCAUAUCGUGUUUUGCAAGAUGUGAAGCAUAUUUUUUCGCAAGGAAAAACAGCUCUGGUUCAUGUUCUUUGCUCAGUAAUAGGAAUUUUAUAUAGUUCCAGUGAGUUCAGAUACUUGUUCAAUGAACUACUGCUUGUUGAUCUGUGUAUAUGGUUGCAAUCCAUUACGGAAGAAAAAAUCAAAUGUUUAUCAGAUGAGAUAGGAUCGAUAGAGAUCAAUAAAGACAGUAUAAGUUUGGAUUUGGGCUUAUUGGAAACUGAUGCGAAACUGGGAAAUAUAGUGAUUGAGGAGGUUGAUAGUGAUGAUGAAGCUGUAUAA